AUGCAAGGCAUGCAAGGGCAACAACCAACUGCUCCUGCUCCUACUCCUCAGGCUGCAGCAGGGCCUGAUUUUCGUGCCUUCUUUCGGAUGGAUCCGCCAGAGUUCUUGGGUGGCUUAGACCUUGUGAUUGCGCAUGAUUGGCUAUAUGCUAUGGAGAUGAUAUUCCAGGCUAUUCAGUGCACAGAGGAAGAGAAGGUGAUCUUUGCUGCUCAGAAAAUGAAGGGGCCAGCAGGUAGAUGGUGGAAUACGGAGUCUACGUAUUUCACUAACCGGGGGAUUCCAAAGGAUUGGCAACAUUUCAAGACAGCUUUCUUGGAGAAAUACUAUCCCAACAGUGUGCGUGCUUUGAAGGAGCGUGAAUUUCAAUCUUUCAAGCAAGGCAACAUGUCGGUAUCUGAAUAUGCUGAGAAGUUUGAGGACAUGGCUGCCUAUUCCAGACAAGCUGCCUAUGCACCAGAUGAGUUAUGGAAGAUUGAUCAGUUCCUUAUGGGGCUGAAUGCCGAUAUUGUGCACAGUGUGUCUCAAAGGGAGUUUACCACCUAUGCUGAGUGUUUGAGGCAAUGCUAUGUUGCCGAGAACACAUUGAAGAGAGUCCAAGAUGAAAGAGAACAGAAUAAGCCGGUUCGUAGGGAACCAUGA